CCAAGCCAAGAUUGAUAGAUCAUAUCUCCAACAGAAGGUACAGGGAUCAUACCAUUGAUAAAUUGAAAAUUGUUUCUGGUGCUAAGAGCAACCUCCAUUACUUAACUCCACAAAUUGUAGUUCUGAUCGGUUAACUUCAUGGAGAUGGUUGUUGUCAAACCAUGGUAGUGUGAAGGCAAAUAAUAGGGAUUCAGGUAUGGAUCCUCGUAUUGGGGUAGUUGAGAAAUGGGUUGAGCUGGAAACUCUUGCAUUUGAUGGACUGUACCAAUGGGUUGUGCUGGAAACCCUUGCAUCUGUUGUGCGACUCCAAUGGGUGUGGAGGCAGAAGGUUGAGAAGGUGUUUGGUUUGGAUUUUGAGCAUCGUCAUGAGCAUAAGCUAGUGAUUCUGAAUCAUCAGUUAGAUGACUACCAGCUCCAGUACCCUGUCCUGACAUGGCAAGAAGGAUUCACCACAAUGCGGCUAGGGUUUGUGGAGAGGAUGACGAUGAGAUCUACAGACGCCUGUAACUAGGCUCUGAUACCAUGAGAAGAAAUGAGAAAUAAGGUUUUUUGGGGAAGGAAUCUCAAAGUGAGAGAGCCUUCGUUUUCUGCUUUACCAUUUAUACUGCUAAAAUCAUUUACAGAGUAAGAAAGGAUUGACGGCUAAUCUACAGUAAAAACAGAAAAACUAACAAUUAAUUUAAGCAACCGAAGCUAUACACGUGUUGCUCUAAUGAUUAUUUACGACAACAAAGUGGAACGCAGCGUUCUGAAUCAUAAGACAAAGUCUCGUGUUGACUCCAAAUAGAUGGAGAACGACGACAUUCCGAGCUGUGUUCUUGGCAGGGUAAAGUCUGUAGCUGCUUCAUCGCAUUCCUGGAAACCUGAAGAGUGAGCUGCUGCUGGUCAUUGUCUAGGAUUGAUAUGUUCUUCAUUAUCUUAUCUUAAGUUGCGAUGCAUGAGUUAUGUAUCAUGUUUAUAUGAAGGGUAGACAAACACCACUUAUGGACUCCCUCAUGGUUUAAGUCAUUAAAUUGACACAAAUUAUAAUAUGAGAACAUUUGACACCAAACCAAUCUAACAAUUGAGAUAGUAGAAGAGAUUGUUAAGAACAUAUCAGGAUAAUCGACAAUGCAAGAACGAGAAGAAAACAAUGUUAUAAAUCAAUUGAUCCCAAUAAUUCGAGUUUUUGGAAGAAGGAUAUUAUGAAUCUUACACCACUCCCUUACAUGCCUCCUCAAACGAAAGGCAACUUACAGGCUUGAAAUUUGGACAGACACACCAUACCUUGUGCUUUAAUCAAUUGUUAAUAUUAGGGGUCGUGGAUAAUCGAACAAACGACCACUUGACCAAACCAGCUCUGAUACCAUGUCAUAAACCAACUGGUCCCAAUAACUCAAGUUGUUGGGAGAGGCCCAUGUCUGGUACUAAACCACUUCCUUCCAUUCCCCCUAAAACGAAAGUCAACUCAGGGGCUUGAAGUUUGCACAGGCCCGCCAUACCAUGUGAUUUGAAGACAAUGGUUAAUAUGGGGGGUCGUGAGGACUUGAACGCGUGUCUUCAAGGACAAAUCAGCUCUAACACCAUGUCACAAACCAGUAGGUCCCAAUAACUCGAUUUUUUGAGAGAAGGUUAUUAUGGAUCUUAUACCCCUCUCUUACAUAGAGAUUUAGGUGGUUUAAUAACAUAAUGUGUGUUAGUUAGUCCACGGGCACGAGAUAGCCGAUUUUAUUAUAUGCAAAUUACAAAGGGAUUGAAUAGUAUAUAUAAUACUUUUCUAUAUAGCAUAACCCUAAUCCAAUAUGGUAACUCAUAAGGUUACAAACCAGGUCCAUAACAUGAUCCCAAACAUGUAUAAGCCCAUGAAAUCUUGCUCCCUCGAGCCUCCUAAUAAGGCGCUUUGCCCCUAAACCUCGUCAUUUACAAUCGACGGCAGAUAAUGCGAUUCAAAUAUUAAGAAGAGACAAUCAAAUAGUGUCCGCCAUACUUAAAAGAAUUCUCAUGGAAUAAGCAAAACACAUGCAC